AUGAAUAUGCAGAAGAGAAAAGAUUUAACUUUAGCCGAUAAGGUUCGAGUGCUGGAAGCGCUGAGUCAGAAAAAGUCCCAGACUUCUUUGGCAGCUGAGUUUGGUGUUUCCCAGUCUCAGAUCUCAAGGAUUGGCAAGAACAGAGAUCUAAUCAUGGCCAGGUAUCUGCAGACUGACAAUUCCGACCGGAAACGGAACCGAGACGGAAAGAAUGUGGAUGUAGAAACAGCCCUGCUUCGGUGGUAUGGCCAAUCUCAGGCCAGUUCCGCUCCCCUCAGUGGACCAAUUUUGAUGGACAAAGCCAAUGAGCUUGCCGUGAAGCUGGACGCGAGGGAUUUCAUCCCGACCACCGACUGGUUGCAGGGGUGGAAAGAUCGUCACAAGGUUGGCUUAAGGAGGAGUGAAGUGAACUGUGAAUCUGACGCAGACUGUGUAGAAACAUGGGUGAAUCAGAUGCUGCCAGGAGUUCUCAAGGAGUUCCACCCGGACAACAUAUACUGCUGCAAGGAAACGCUGCUGUACUACAAGACCCUGCCCCAGUCAGACUCCACGGACUCCUCCAACCCUAGAAUGACGGUCCUCCUCUGCUGCAACAUGUCAGGGAAGGACAGAAUGGUCCCCUAUAUCAUUGGGGUGAGAAAGGAGUACGAGAAGAGCGUGAUGCCGCCCUGUAUUGUGAACAGCGACAACGCUCUCAUGACCAGUCACCUGUUUACAAGGUGGCUGCUGGACCUCGAUAAGACUCUGGAGAGGGAAGAUAGAACUAUCUGUUUGGUGUUGGAGAGGUGUGUGGUGCACGCUAUAGACUUUCCUCUCAACAAUAUUAAGUGGUACUACACACCUGCUUCUAAAGUGUUCCAGCUCCAUCCCCUCAGCCUUGGCAUUGUACGGAACUUCAAGUGUCAUUACCGUAGGGAACUGUUAACAGUGUUCGGGCUCCUACAGGGCAACAUUAACACCACCACCAGCGAGAACUUCUUUCACAACUUCAAUAUGACAGCAGCGGUGGGUCUGAUCGGCGACGCUUGGAGGAAAGUGACCAGCUCGACAAUCGUCACGUGUUUCAGUAUGGCUAUGUUUACGUCCGAGGAGGUUGACCCUGCAGGGGUGGAGUACAUCACAGCCCCGGAGAAUAUGACAGAGGAACAAUUCUCGGCAUAUGUUGAUAUAGAUUCUCAGCUUCCGUGCUUUGAGGAGCCUGAGUACUUGGACACUCUUCCGAUUUUAUCCUGGAAUGAAUAUGAACACCCACACAAGGCAGCUUCUCCGAUAGCUAGUCUUGCCGACUCGGAUCGAACACUUUAUGCAAGACCAGCAAAAGCAAUAAAACUUGACACUGACUCUAAGCCUUCCAUCAGGGCCAGUCUCCUUCAAGAAGUCACUGAGACCCGUCUGUCCAACGGCGUGGAGAAGAGUUUGAAGAGGCAUCAGGAGGAGACAACUCCGACGUCAGAUGCUGUCCCAAGUGCCAGUGAAGCUUUAGAGGCGUGUCGAGUCCUCCGACAGUUCCUAGAGCACCACGGGGUGGAGGACUUCAGUCCGUUCUAUGAAAUUGAUCUACAGGUUCGAUCAGUCAUGGCUGCAGCAAAGAGACUGAAGCUCAGAUCCAACCAUUCACUCAAGUCCUGA